UCUGUCCUGUCAUGUGAUAUUUCCUCAAGAUUAAAUUGUUUUGUGUAGUUUCCUCACAAUUGCCACUGAUUAGACUUAAGUUGCCAUGUUUUGUUGUUUACUGACUGACUGACUGCAGGGGGAGGGGCGUUCUUGCUCUACAUAAUGUUUGAUUGCACAUAUAAAUAUAUAUUAUAAUAACACAUAAAAAACAUUUAUAUCUGUAAAUAUAAAGUCAGCAAUUAUUGUUACAUUACAGGCUUUAACCAGCAGGGUACAUGGACCAAGACACACAAAACCUGCUUAUUUGUGAUGGAUAAUUUGACUAGAGAUUCAACACAAACACGGUUUACACACUCAGCUCCAUCUUUGACUGCUGAACCAUACAAAUUUGUCUUCGUCACAGGGAGGAAGGGGGGAAAAAUCCCGCGAUCCAGCAUUACGUUGGUUUUGAGUCAGUCUACAUCACAGGGCUCCAGUAGUAUGUGGAUGAUUGGGUGUUGAGUCUGCAUAGGAUGCACUGUUGUCAGGGAGAAGUGCAAGUCACCUUCACGCGGUUGGCCCACAAGCCCAUAUCUAACGCAGACGAUCACACAACUACACCAACCACUGACGGCGGUCCCGAAUCACGGUCCAUUAUGUCUGACCACUAAAUCAACGGUCCAGCCGGGAAGAUAGAGAGCGCAGACCGCUGUUUAUCGGCAUCGUCGCGGCGUGAAUGAGAAUUUGCAGAACCGCCGAGUUGGAUGACAAAGCCGAUGAUGGGUUUAUCGCUCCGCUAAAUAGAUUUAAUGCGCCUGUGAAUGCAUUAACCCCGUGGCUGGCGAGCGGGCGGGCGGGCGCGGAACAGGAGAUCUCGGCGUGUGCUGUGGGGAAGGGACCGGAGCGGAUCGCCUGUGCGGUUUUGCUGAAGGCUCCGCAGCGCAGCCAUGGCUCUGGUGACUCUGCAGCGCUCCCCGACACCCAGCGCCGCAUCCUCAGCCAGCACCACCGCGGGGGAGGAUGUCGGCAGUGAAGAUGAUCGAAAGGCAAACCUAAGCCUGAGUGAAAGUUUCUUCAUGGUAAAAGGGGCAGCUCUGUUUUUACAACAAGGCAGCAGUGCACAAGAGCCCAGAACACCCACACAUCAUAAAAACGCAGGGGAUCUUCCACAGCAUCUACAAGUAAUGAUAAACACCCUCCGCUCUGAAGAUAGAAUUAAAUUAGUCGUUAGGUUAGAAAGUGGAUGGACGGACCAUGUGCGGUACAUGGUAGUUGUCUACACAAACGGCCGCCAAGACACUGAAGAAAACAUUCUACUCGGGAUGGACUUCACGGAUAAGGAUAGUAAAAGUUGCUCCAUUGGGAUGACUCUUCCGCUUUGGAGCGAUACCAAGAUUCAUCUGGAUGGAGAUGGGGGUUUCAGCGUGAGCACAGCAGGAAGACUACAUGUUUUUAAGCCUGUGUCAGUGCAGGCCAUGUGGUCCGCACUGCAGGUGUUGCACAAAGCAUGCGAGGUGUCCCGCAGGUACAACUAUUUUCCAGGAGGAAUGGCACUGACGUGGGUGGGCUAUUACGAGAGCUGUAUCUCCUCAGAGCAGAGCUGUAUCAAUGAGUGGAAUGCAAUGACAGAUCUGGAGACGACCCGGCCUGAUUCUCCAGUCAUGUUUUCUGAUCAGCCAACAGAGAGAGAAAGAACAGAGUGUAUGAUCAAAACCAAACUCCGAAACCUAAUGAUGUUCCAGGACCUGGAGAAUAUUACUUCUAAGGAGAUCCGAAAUGAGCUGGAACAACAUAUGAGCUGCAACCUGAGGGAGUAUAAAGAGUUUAUUGACAAUGAGAUGCUGCUUAUUCUGGGCCAGAUGGACAAGGCUACGCUCAUAUUUGACCAUCUGUACCUGGGCUCAGAGUGGAAUGCAUCCAACUUGGAGGAGCUUCAAGACUCUGGGGUUGGGUAUAUCCUCAAUGUCACAAGAGAGAUUGACAACUUUUUCCCAGGUACCUUUUGUUAUUGUAAUGUCCGUGUUUAUGAUGAUGAGACUACAGAUCUGCUGGCGCACUGGAACGAAACCUACAACUUCAUAGUUAGAGCCAAGAAAAACGACUCUAAAUGCCUAGUACACUGCAAGAUGGGAGUGAGUCGCUCAGCAUCUACUGUCAUUGCAUAUGCCAUGAAGGAGUAUGGAUGGUCACUUGAGAAGGCUUACAAUUUUGUCAAACAGAAGAGGAAUAUAGCACAACCAAAUCCAGCAUUUAUGAAACAGCUGGCCGAGUACGAGGGGAUUUUAGAUGCCAGCAAGCAGAGACACAAUAAACUCUGGAAACCAGAUGGGGAUGAGUAUUCACCAGAGGGUCUCCAGGCUUCUGCUGCCAGUGGUGAUCAGACUCCUCAGUUUUCAUUGCUGCACCCUGAUCAGGAGGAGAGGGCUUGGGGCCACGGAGGAGCAAGUGCUUCCCCCUGCUGUGGAGAAGAGCCCACAGACCAUCUCAAUUACAACUACUACUUCCGGCGUCUCUCAGACACCGCUCUGGACAGCGAACCCUCCACGCCGGUCCGGGGUCCUCCACUUUUAGGCAUGGAGAGGGUCUUUAUUGAGAUCGAAGACGUGGAGAGGGACGCGUUGCUUGACGAUGAAGGUUUCCCCAUGGCUCACUUGGGCCUUCCUGGGGAAGGCACAGCAGCUCAGACCUGUGGCCGACUGGAGCCUUUGGAGGACAUGCGCUUGCGGCUGGAGUUUAGCACGGUGGAGGAGGAAGAUGAGGAGGAAGCACAAAAGGAGGAGGCGGAGAUGGCGGCCUUAGCUCGCGGCGAGGAGACGCCGAGGGAAGACGAGAGCCUGGCUAAUUCGAACCGCUUUAACAACGAGAACGCCAACAACAGCAACAGGCUGGCUGGGAAGCGCAGCUGCCCUUCUGGCUUUGACGACAGUGCUAGCAUUGGAAACCCCUUCAAAGUGAAGCCCUCAUAUCAGUCGUGCCGAGACUGCCUGCGCCUACCCAGUGGCCGCCGCUGCGAACGUCGCAACCAUCGCCUUAACCUGCCACGCCACACAGGCCUGCCCAGUAUCUCCAUCCAGGCCCCUGGAGGACUCAAAUUCCGUCCUGUCUCCAUCAACAAGGUGCCUCCUCCUGUCCCUCUGCAUCACAUGAGCAGCGGGCACUGCCAAUGCUUUCGCUGCUCCAGUCGGGUCAACUUGGACACUUACCGGAAGCAGCGGAGCUGCAAAGACCUUCCUCAGGUUUUGCCUUAUUCCUUGGAGACUGAGGACAAAAUGGAGGGGGAGGACGAGGGGAGCAAGGGGAGCUCAAGCAGUCCAACAGCUGAGCUCACUCUCCUGAAGCUCAGUCUGGGUGGUGAGAGGCCUGCGGCGGAGCUCAGUCAGGGGCCACACCUAGAUGCACAGCACAGACCGGAGCCACUGUCCGAACAGAUGGAUGUGAGCGUAGAGGACAGUACCACAGAGGACAUGGAGGUUGAUGAGGGGAACAUCAUCCCCUAUGUGCACCCCAGCUCCAGUGAACUCCAGCAAAGGUCUCCACCAGGCAUGUCCCUGGUGCGCAGCUCCAGCAGCGACAGUCUUCAGAGAGUUCGAAGAGUUCAGCCGGGCUUGGUACGCCAGCGCACCCGAGAGAUUGAGACCCGUGUGCGGCUUGCCGGACUGACGGUGUCCUCCCAACUCAAAAGGUCUAACUCGCUGGCCAAGCUAGGGGAUUUGGCCAUCUCCACAGAGGACCUCUCACUUUCUGCCACAGUCUCCACUGACUAUGAUGAGCAAGAGCCUGCUCUGUGUGUGCAGUCCUCCUGCUCUCCAAAGCUCUCUUUAACUCUGAAAAGCUGACUCAAAGAUGUCAGAAAUGCUUUCUCAGUGAGUCCUACAGCCAUCGAGAGCGACCGUGGAGGCUGAUGCUGCAAGUCACCUCAUGAGAACAAUCAGGCCAGGCUUGGACGUCUUUCCAGCAGCCCUUUACAUAACUGCACUGCAUUCUUCAUGUGUCUGUCCGUGCUUUAACUAACAUAUAUAUUAAAGCAUGCUCUGGCUUGGACCUUCAUUAAUGGCUUUGUUGAUAGAUACCGCUUUUCUUUGUCUUGCUGAAGGAAGCCCCACCUGUUAAGGUUUUAAUAUGAGUGCGGCCCAUUUAUAGGUUGUAUAAUCAGACCUGGGUAAAUUCGUAAUGAUUUUCUUCCAUUUUUUUUUUAACGAUGGUUAAAUCUCCAUUAUUUACCUUUUAACACACAUUUUUGUGCCAAUUGGUUUGUAUUUUUAUUAACACAAAUACUACUGACAUUUUGCCUGCCAAAUUGUUUACCAGCUUAUUUGGUGCACUAUUGCAGAUGAACCAAUCAUGGAGAUCAGAUCUGAUUACUUGAGGGGGGGGGGGGGGGUCAAUUCAAAUGAUUUAGAUUAUCAUUACGGUUGAAAUAAAUCAGUAGGGUUUUGCAGUGCUUGUUUACUAAUGACAUUUCCAAAGCAUAGAAUUUGCUGGUUGGUGCAAAGAAGGUGGUAGGCAAUCUUAAUACUUAUUAUUAUUAUUAUUAUUUUUAAAGUUAAUCACAUAAAAACCGAACCAGAUUUAGAUUCUGACCAUUUCAGCUGUGGCUUAAUAAAAAUGUAUACUAGUUUGAGGCCAAAACUUUGAGCUUUAUACACUUAAAUCUAUGAUCUAAGCUCCCGUUAAAAUGAAACUCUCUAGUCAUGAAAAUUUCAGUACAUUUUUUGUUCAGUUUUGCCUUUGGGACCUUUAAAAAAAAAUUUUCAGCAAAUUGUCGCACCACAAAAAGUAAUUUAAGAUGGCAGUUUAGUCUGAAAAUCGUGAUUAUGUUCACUGUGUUAUUCCACCUUGAUAGUUACUCAAUUCUUAAAUGUUGCCAUUUGCAAAAAUGACAUCAACAAAGCCCCAUAAUUAUUGUCUAUUUCCAGAGAAAAAUUCCGACAUGAAUGUGGUUGGCUAUUUGUCUCGCAGUUCUCUAAUUUGCUUCUCAGCCGGUGUUUAUAGGGUCAGUUCCAUCUGAAAUGUGCUACUAGAGCAUAGCUCCUGUCAUGUAAUUUAGCUUAAGCUGUUUAUUGUACAAAUUGUAGCCUGUGAUGUGCAAAAAGGCUUUAGCAGCAACACAUUAGUACAAUGCAGUCUUCAAGUUGAUCAGAGGAUGUUCAAAUUAGUCACUAUCGUCCUUUAAAAGGUCCUUUUAAAGUGUCUCCUAUACGAAAUGACACCUUGGCAUCUGAUAAUGACAGUUAAGGUAAUAAAAGGUGGAGAAGUGUGUUAUCUUGUGGGUGUAGGGACUUGCUCAGUUUACCAUGAUGGUGUAUGAUAUGUAUAAAAGAAGUUGCAGAUGACUUGUAUUGGUUAAACUUGACCUUAAUUAUUUUUUCAUAUAUUUAUGUAAUUUAUAAAAUUAUUGUUGUCUUUGUUGUCUACUAUGUUUUUCUUUUGUUGGUAAAAAUGAAAAUAUGCAAAGUGGCCUGUGCAAUAAGUGUACGCAAGAAUUUGAAGAGAAUAGUUUUUAUUUAUACAAUAUUGUCAAAAGUAACUAGUUUUAUUUCAAGAAUGAACGCGAAAGUCAGUGAGAAAAUGAAAGAAUGAAAAUCAGAUAUGAGCUAGAUUUUAAUGGAAAUGUUUUAUUUUCUAUCUGAUCCUCGUGGGCUGAGUCACUUCUGUAUUAAAGGAUUGAUAUUCUGAUGUUUAGUUUGAAACCUACUUGAUUUGUUUUUUAAAUCGUCAGUUAUUUGGAACUGAAAAUUAGCAUCUCAUAUUUUUUAUAUAUUUAUUUAUUUAUUUUGCCCUUAUAUUUCCAAAAAUACAUAUAAUGUGGUCAUAAAAGUAUUUGCCAAAAGAUUGCCAAAAAGAUGGCCUCCCAAAGAGAGUAAAGUUGUCGUUUUGUUUCCGCUCAUGGCUCGUCGUACUUCCUCCUGCUGCUGAUUUCAGUACUAGAUGUUUUGUUUCUUCAGACAUGCAAGUGCCUUACCUGUUGCCAUUUGCAAUCAGUUGUCUAAGGGUUGUUCGGUAAAACCGCUUUUUCAUUGCGCUGAGGUUUUGUCUUCACCUGGUUGCGGUCUUUAUAGAGCAAAGAUUAUUUUGAACAGAUGCAUAUUCGUGGCUCAUUCAAGUCUCUUUGUCUUUUUGGUUUUGAUACUGCAUUUCAUAUUUGAAUCGAGGAGACCAAAGUCAUUUAAUUACUGUCAUGUUGACAUGUUAAUAUAGGCUAACAAUAAAAUCAACUGGAGAAACUAGAGGAUUGUCUUUAGCCCUAACCUAACAGCUCUUAAAAGUGACUUGGAACAUACACCGUCUGUAAAUUGUACUUCAUUUGACCAUUUUAAGUUGUGCUGCACUGUUUUAUAAUGUACUGUACAGUUAAUUAUAGAAAUAAAUUGUUUAUUGUCUGCAUCAGAUAUGGACCGCUUUUUCAUUCGUUCACUAUAACCAAUUAUUAAAAUAAACAAAUAUGUUUUACACAUCUUUAUUUAUUCGAUGAGUAUAAGAGUUGUGUUUCCUGACCUUUGAGUACCUCACAGAAGGAACUCUUAUUGAAUUAGGCAAAUGUGAUUCUGACAUCACAAGACCAGACACUGAAGCAGUUCAGUUCAACAGGCUACUGCUAAGUGUGUUUAGUGCCGUUCUGAGACGUUUCUGCUGCUUCAGUGCUGAGGAUUUAUUCUUCUGUUGGAAUACAUGAACACGGUGAGGUUGCCAGCUGUAUUUCUAUUGCGUAUGUAUUUGCCAGUAAUGAUUUCUGCUGUGUUGUAAAACAAAGCAUCUACUGAAGACAUAAAUGGGUCAAAGACAACACGUCUCAUUUUGUUGUCCACUUCAAAUUUUGUAUACAUAGGAAGCAUAUUAAGUGUAAAUAAAGUGUCUCAAAUGACAUUUCUGAAAAUAAAAUGUUCAAAUAAUA